AAUCUGGAGCAUAGCAGCAGUGAUUGGGGUAACGAGGUUCAGAUUGGUAUGAGCCGCAAAACAUUCCUGUGGUUUGAUCUAGCACUGCGCUUGUUUCCGAGAAUCAUGUACAUUACAAAGGGUGAUGAUGACAUCUUCAUGCGUGUGCCGCAGUUUUUAUCUGAUUUACGUUUAUUACCACGAAAAGGAAUAUAUUGGGGUGUUCCCAUUCCGCUUGACGUUGAACGAGGUAAUAUGACUGAAAUAUCCGCUUUUGCUGCUGGGCGGUGUUACACCCUGUCUAGGGAUGUUGCUGAACACUUUGUCUCUUACGAGCCAUUGAAGCGUUUAGUACAUCUCCCAUACAAGAAGGAGCGAGAAAAGGAAUUUCUAUCACUCAGUAUGGGUAAUGAAGAUGUCAUGGUGGGCCGUGUAUUGCGAGUUGACUCUCCAUACACUCCUUUGGUUUUUGUGUCCGAUGAUAUUUGUCGGUUUGAACAUGUUGAGAAGGGUAGUGUCAAAUUAAACAUAAACCCAAUGUCUGUUGUCAUUCAUAAUUUGGAAGAAGACGAGUAUGCAAUUCUAAUGGAUAACUUUGGGAAUGGUACAACGUAUAGUCCCAUAGUGCAACGUUUGACACAGGGAAGCAAAUUUUCCCUUAUUGUUAAGUGUCCUAACAAUCUUUUUGUUUCUUGA